AUGGACCUGAUCAGGCAAUCACCCUUUGCAAGGAUCCUUGAAACAAGAUCGUUCAAGGAGCUGAACAAGAAAGCCAGCACGUAUCUAAACCUAGACUGGAGCAGAUAUCCUCAGGCUGGUUAUAUUACAGCCCAUCUCUUAUCUGGAUCGGUGAUUACUAACAUUCAAAGCGGACAAACCAUUCUUGUUAACGAAGUCGAAUUUUACGGAAGAGACGCGAUGCUUGACUGCCACAAAGAACCAACAGGAGAACAAAAGGGUGUUCCCGAGAAGACAUCAAUACCGAGUACCACGGGAGAAGAAUAUUAUAAACGUGUUCGCCCAGUGACAUUGCGGCGCAGGGACGGUGUUCGACUUGUUAUUGGGACCAACACAUGUGGAGUGUUAGUCACAUCGUGUAUCCGUGUCGACAGGAUAUUGGAAGGAUCAAUCUCAGUCGGAGGAGACACUCGGAAUUUCGAGAUCUCAGAGAGUGAGCUCAAAAACAUUCGAGUGUUCGUUGACAAUGAACGCCUGGGAAAAGGAAAGAAGAUGAAGAAAAAAACCGUGAAGAAAAUCACCAAAGACUUCGGGGCCGACAGAUUGCGACAGGUCCGCUCGAAAUUUCAUCGACUCAACACGUUUCGAUUAAUACGCUGCUCUGGACCGCUUACCGACGCCCCGCAGUUCCGGCCAUUCAGCGUAUUCACGAUCGGGAGGAACAGCGACCGUGACUCGGCAUCCUCUGGCGCGGCCCACAUAUUCUACAAAAUGGCGCUGGCAGUCAUUCACUACCAAGAGAAGGCAACUUUUACAUUGGAGGACAUUCGGUUUGGGCAGCAAUUAUGUCAGUCUGCUAAGGACAUCUCAAUUCCGAUGCAAAAUAUACAUGAACUAUUCGCAGAAGUUGAUACGAAGAUUCCUAUCAUCGGCAACAAACCACUCAACAAACAGCUGCACGCAAUCGCCGAAGCUCAGUCCACUCGAAUCGCGAAAGCAAACAAGAAUGUCGCGACAGAACUCAAGGAUCUAUUUCUUGGAUGA